AGACCUGUGGCUGCAGAGCUCGUCCUGCUGGACGGGGCCUCUGGGGAGACACCAGUGCUGAGCACGGGCCCCUUUGGCUGUUUGCCUGCCUUUCCUGAGGCGGCUUCUGGUGCCACCUCCUCUUGCCCACUGGAUUAGGGUGCGCAGGGAAUGAGGCAGGACAUUUUGGCUGGGGAGGGGAGAGGAUGACUGAGGAGGUUCCCACGCUGUUGGCUUUUCAGGAGCCCCUUGCCACCCCUGUCUGGCUGCCACUGCUGCCCAGGAGUCCCCCAAGCACUGCAAGGUUUGCAGAGCCCAAGGGGUGCUGCCGGCCCCCAAGACACGAUUCCUGUACCAGUGUGUCCAAAUGAGGUCAUGGGGCUGUGCUAAAGGGCUGGAGGAGGGAGGUGGCUCAGGGCCAGCUUCUGUGGCCACGUGUCCCCCAGGAGAGCCAGUGCCAGAGGGUGCCAUGAGCACUCAGCCAUGGCUGCCAGGAGUGCAGCCCCAAGUGCUGGGACCUGCACUCAGCUCUGGGCUGCGGCUGUUUCCUGCCCACUGUUACAAAAUAUUUCAGCACCAGGGAGGUAAAUGACUCAUUGGCACGACUGGGAAGGACUCCUCACCAGCAGUUUCAAUUGGUCUCUUGAAAACAGUUCCCAGUUCCUUUUCUGAGCCUGGCCCAAACAAAAAUAAACACUGAAUCCGUGAGAGCAAACCCAUUUCUCUGCUCACCCGAGUAAGUCCUCAUCCCUGCUCGGCUCUGGAGACCCACAGUCAUGUUCUGUCCUGCCACUGACGGAGGUGGCAAGAGCAAUGUCCAAUCUGCCACAUCCACUGGCACAUCCUACGGAGACCUCUCAGGCAGGGAGCAUCUUGCUGGGGAUCCGAAUGCCUCUGCCCACCCUCCGUCUUCCCCAGGCGAAGAGUGUGACUCCUGCUGUCCCCACUCACCCGUGCUCCUGCCCUGCUGGGACCAUCUGCACCAAACAGCAGCUGAACACCAGGGAAAAUGGUGUCAGGAGAGGACCAUGGCAUCAGGUAAGGCUGGGGCAUCAGAGCCAAGCAACCCCACUACUGAGGCAGGAGAUGGCUCCCCGGACACCUCCUUGGUGCUGCUGGCUGUCAGAGAGGGCUUUCCACCAGAGAUAUCACUCUUCUUCUCCGUUGAGAGUCGCUCCUCCGGCUGCCUCAAUUCCCAGCUCCAGGAAGCAGCCAGAAAGAAGCUGUGGGCCCUGGAGAGUGAUGACAGAGGUGUCUGUGCCCUGUUCAAGGAGCUGUCAGCCAGGCUGGUCUGUAUGCAAGCACAGGAGGAUCGGUUCCUCCUCACCUUCAAAACCUUGGAAGAAGUCUGGAAGUUUUCCACGUAUCUGACUUUAGGAUACGUGGGCAGCUGCCUGGAGCAGCUUCUGUUUGACCAGGAGUACUGGCUAAACUGUGCCCUGAUGGAGGACACGGAGAUCAAAGUCACUGUGGAUGAGGAUCAUUUGGCCACCAUAUAUAUGGAUCUACUCCUCCAGGAAGGUAACUUUUUCUCCAGAGCAAUGCCAGGUGCCUGGAAGGCAGAGCAGGAGGGAGAAGAAGGCCUGCAGCUCUGCAAGAAUGAGCUGAUCCAUGUUAAGAAUGUUGGAGAGGACUCAAAAUGGGAAGGGAUGUCCUUACUGACGGGUCAACGAGGCGUGGUGCCCAUGACAGCUCUAGAGCCAAUACCUCACCCUUUUUACCAGUGGUUCCUGAAGAAUUAUCCUGUGAGUUUUGGCAUCUCCCAGGAGAUCAGUGGGACAACCUCUCAGCCAAUUGUCAAAGGCAGGUGCACCGCCACCAAGGACCACAGAGGAGCAGCAUGGGAUGAACUGAGUUUCUCCAAAGGAGACAGCAUAGAAGUCAUAGGCUUCUUCAUUCCAGGACUCCCGUGGUUUGUGGGCAAAUCCCUCAGCAGUGGGAGCACUGGCUUUGUUCCAACCCGCUACAUAAGUCCCGAGGCUUGUGAACCUCUGGGAAAGGGCUUGGUGUUUCUGAGUGAAGAAGAAAAGUCCCCCCUCCUGCAUAUCCCAUGCAAUGGUGACGAGCAGCACUUCACCACCCUCCUCGGGGACUUGGCACGCACUGACAUCACCUCUGUGUACCGCCUGGAUGGUUUUGAACCUGCAGCCAUGUUCCCAAAAGUGCCAUCAGAGGCUGUUCCCCAUGCCAGUAAAGAUAUCCAACUGCUCCAGUCUUGGGAGGAAAUAAAUGAAUUGGCUACAACUAGCACCUCCGAGCUGUCCAGCCCAGGGAGUGAAUCAGCCCCUUCUAUGUUAGAAGAUGUUCUCCUGGAGAAGAUGGACGACUUUGAUUAUCCCAAGUUCUUUAUUGACCUGAACGCUGGACACAUGGAUGACGCUGAUGUCUUUGACCCCAUAUUGACCUUCCUUAACCAAGAUAGUUAUGUAUCCAGUUUUCAAAGCCUCUAUGAUCUCAGCUUUUCCUUUCUCCACUCCACUUUUUAUGGUUUCUCUGAUGAGGAUGAACUGGUCCUGUACCUUGAGACGUCCAGGAAUUGGGCCAAGAGGACUCGUUCAGUUUGGGCUCAUGUCAGGCUCUGUUUCCUCUUGGGUAAGCUCUGCAUCAAAAAGGUCAAAUUCUCCCAGGCUCGAGUCUACUUUGAAGAAGCCAUGAGUGUCCUGGACAGGGGAUUUCAGGACCUGCCUCUGUUGGCAGCAUUGCAUGUGACCCUUGCCUCCAUCUACUUGAAACAGAACAUGAAGCACAAGUUCUCCUCCCUGCUGGGGAAAAUGGUGACCUUGCUUGUCUGCUUGCCUGGCCGCUCUUUCAGCUCUGAAAACGAGCUGGAAGUCAUGAUGUACGUCUUGAGGGAAGCCAUUGCUGUGGGCAAUGCUCCCUUGGAGGCACGGGUCUGCUUCCUCAUUGUCAAGCUCUUCCUACAACUGGGCAAAACUGAUGAAGUGCUGCCCUUUAUGGAGCAUCUUCAGUGUCUCACCACCACUUUGCUCAGCCCAGACACUAGUUCUGGGCCACUGGAUGCCCCUGCCAUCUUGAGCUACCUGUAUGACAAGAAGUACUUGCCAAAUAUUGCACUGGCCUCCGCCAGGUUGUUUGUUCCCAGUGGCACCAAGGGAGCACCGACACCCAUUUGGAGAGCUGGCUUCAUCCUCCAAAAUACUUCCAAACUACUGGGAAGCCAACUGGAGAGAAGCAGCAUCCCAGCACUGGCUUGUUUCUAUCUCAAGCAAGCACUGCAGUUCUGCUGUGAGAGCAGAGCUGUGCCCACCCAGAGGACGCUGUGUGCCAUCUUGUCCAGGAUGUACCUCCAGCACGGGGUGUUGGAUGGGGCGGUUUGUUAUGCAGCCAGGGCUGUAGCCCUCAGCAGACUGAUGGGCGAGGAGGAGGCUUUUGAGUCUUCCCUCUCUUUGGGGUGGAUGUACCUCCUGCAGGGCCAGCCAAGUCCAGCUGCAGACAUCCUGUGGCAGCUCCUGCAGUCCCUGAGUGGGACGGACAGUGUGACUCAGGGCGGAGCUGUGCACAACCUCCUGGCCAUUGCCCUCAAGGGAGAAGGGCAAGUGCAGGCGGCUGCAGAGAACUUCCUCUGGGCCCUGCACAAGGCCAAGGAGACCGGGAACAAGAGGAAUCAGGCCAUUGCCCUGGCUAACCUGGGGCAGCUGAGCUUGGGGUGUGGGGCCAGCCAGCUGGCCGAGCUCUACCUGCUCCAGUCAGUCCAGCUCUAUGCUGAGCUCCAGGGCAGCCAAGACCUGGAGAUGGAGCUGGUGCAGGUGCUGCUGGGGCUGGCACAGGCCAUGGUGGACAGGCAGAGGAUGGAAGAUGGCAAACUCUGUUAUGAACUGGCAUUGGUUUUUGCCCUGAAGUGGCAUAACGUGAGGAGUCAGCUUCACAUCACUGAGUCUCUCUGCCAUUUCUACAGCAAAGUGUCCCCCGAUCUCCAGGCCUGCAUCACCUACCACGAGCACUGGGUGUCCUUGGCACAACAGCUGCAGGACAGAGGGAUGGAAGGCAAUGCCCGACAGGCUCUCAGUCAGCUCUACCAGGCUUUGGGCACACCUGAGGCUUUGAGACAGUCCCUGGAUUGCACCAAACAAAGUCUAAGGAUCUUCAUUGACCUUGAGGAGACUGUGAAAGCAGCAGAGGCCUGGCUGCAGGCAGGAAGGCUCUACUAUCUUAUGCAGGAGGAUGAGCUGGUGGAAAUGUACUUUCAGGCAGCCAUUCAGACUGCUCUGAAGUGGGAGAACUUCUCCUUGGCCAUGGAUCUUUAUGAGAAAGCAGGCGAUACCUUUUUUAAUGGCAACCGGAACAGAGAUCAAGCAGUGGAGUUUUACAGGGGAGGUGCUGUGCCCUUGGCCAGGAAACUAAAGGCCACUAAGACAGAACUACGGCUGUUCAACAAGCUGGCAGAGCUGCAGAUCAGGCUGCAGGGCUACGAGAAGGCACUGGAGUUUGCUACCCUGGCAGCCAGGCUGAGCCUCAGGGUUGGAGAUCAGUUGCAGGAGCUGGUUGCAUUCCACCGCCUGGCUACAGUCUACUAUUUUCUGCACAUGUAUGAGAUGGCAGAAGAUUGCUACCUGAAGACACUUGCCAUGCGUCCCCCCGUGCUGCAGUGCUCAGGAGAGGCCCUGUACUACUGCAAGGUGUAUUGCCACCUUGGCAACCUGACCCUGCACAAGCUGAAGGAUGAACAGGAUGCAGCAGCCUACUUCCUCCUGGCCCUCGCCGCAGCGACCGAGCUGGGAGACCAGGACCUGCAGGCCCUCAUCCGUGCCAAGCUGGGAGCCAUCCCCAGUGCCCCACAGGGGCCUGAGGGCACACCAGGCUGUGCCACGUACCGGCCCAGGUGGCUGAGCGAAGGAGGCCACGUCGUCUGACCCAUCUCCCACCCCGGGGACUCCAGUGCGAGCCAUCAAGGAGCGUCCUGCACAGGUCCUGUGCUCUCCAGGACCACUGGCCCAGAAGGUGUCCUGCACCACAUCCUAAGGAGAUGGCAGCGUUUGGCCUCUUUGUCCCCAGCAGGCACUUGGGACACUGACCUUAUUUUUCAGGAGCAGGGCUGUGCACCAUAGCCGAGGUGGUACAUCAAGGCUGGGCAUCUGGGCAGGAUGAGGCCCCAGCAGUGGUGCUGGAGCAUGUGGUGCAGUGGGACUGAGCUACUGAUGGUGUUUCAGAAGUGCCCUGUCAAGGACGUGGGCAAGAGAGUGCUGCCAUGUGCCUGCCUGUGCCCUUAACUGCCCCACACACCUCAGGUCCUGUGGGGCAGCUCAGCUCGGCCCAAAUGUGUUUUAACUUGAAUAGCACCUCCUGUAUUUAUUCCUGUCUGGUUUCUGUCCUGUGUUAUCCACAGAGGUCUGUGACCCAUACCUCUGCCAAACCCCUGUUUUGUAAGAAGCACCACCAAAGCUUUUUGUCAGUGAGAGAUAGAAUUCGGGAAAUGAGGAGCGGCUGGUCAAACCUUGCAUGGGGACACGCCCAUAUGCAGACAAACAGCUGCUCUGGGGGAGGCAGAGCCCUCCCACGCCCCAGGCCUGUCACUGAGCCUCAGCUCUGGCACUGGAGCAGCCAGGUGGCCUCUUCUACCUCACAGCCCAUAUGCAUUUUCAAUCUCUAAAGCAGGAGCACAGGAAAAGAGCACUGGAACAGGCUACCCAGGCAAGUGGUGGAAUCACCAUCCCUGGAGGUGUUUAAAAGAUAUAUAGAUGUGUCACUUAAGGGACAUGGUUUAGUGGUGGCCUUGGGUGGGCUGGGUUAAUGGUUGGACUCGAUGAUCUUAAAGGUCUCUUCCAGCCUAAAUGACACUGAUUCUCAGAGCUGUCAGUCCUGACCUGGCCCAGGCUUUGCAGCCCUGUACCCUCCCUAGUCUCCCUUCUCCUGGCUGCAGAGCCCCUCAGGAUGCAGGAGCACCGAGGAGCAGAUGGUGAGCCUGGACACGCUGGCCUGCACUGUGGCACAUCCAGCCCCUGGGCAGGGGUGCUGAUGGGGCACAGGGGGGCUUUUGGUGAGGAGAGGCAGCUGCACUGCCCUUGCCUGGGCUGUUGGCAGCCCAAGGAGACCCCACUGCCCAGCAGGCAGCAAGUUGCCUUCAAGUGCCCUGAGCUACGUGGCUAGAAGAGAAACAAAACUCCGUGGAGUGACCAGAGGCAGUAGAAGGCUCCAAGGAGGCUUCUCUCGGGCACCCCGGCGCAGCACACAGCUCUCCUCCACAACCCAUCUCGCCACCAGAGAGCAAUAAAUGCCCAUUUUUGCAGUGAGAGCUGCUUCCUGGCCAACACUGAGCUCAGCUCUCAGUCUGGGCUGGUGCACAGGGAAGUAGGAGCAGUUUUUCCAAGUGAUCUCUUUGCUUUGACAACCAGUGGCCAGACACCCAUCUGGGUCUUCGCAGACAGACCCUGUUCCAAGUUCUUCCCCUUCCCUGACCAUGCUCCCCUGCACGGGAUUGCUAAAUGCAGAACAUUUAUUUCCUCCCUGCUCUUUGCAAAUGCUGAGCUCAUCUUCCUCUUCUAAUCCCUUCGAGGCAUCCAUCACCGGGGCAAUGAAUAGUUUACUGCUUGUUUACCGAGCAUUCCUGCAAUGCUCCUGGGGAGCCUCAGCCCCGAGUUCAGAGGAGGUAAAUCUUCAUCCUGUUUGAAAUACUGCAAACUCCGUGGAGAACCGGUCCCCAAAACCUUUCUGCCCACUCCGUGGGGCUGCCUGUUCUCAGUACACAUGGCUGGUGCUCACUGUGCCAGGGAAGGAUAUUUUCAGCAGUUUUUCAGGUCAAUCCCCCCCCCCCCCCUUUUUUUUUUUGAUCUAGAUGAUCUUUAAGGUCCGUUCCAACCCCUUAACAUUCUAUGAUUCUAUGAUUCUUUUCAUACAUGAGGAAAAGCACAGCCUUUGUUCCAGAAGGCAGAUUGUCAAGUGGACACCAGGCUAUCGAAGGGAGGGAAGCUCUGAUGGCUCUGGAAGACCUGAGGGUCUGCCUGGUGCAGAAUUGAGCACCAAGAUCUCCACCCAUUUCUCUGGCCAUCCACAGCACCUCACUUAGGGAUGCUGUGUGGCCUCAUAGAAGCAUCCCUGCACUCAGACUGUCUGUGCCCCAGCAGAUGGGGCCCAAGACAUCCCAGAGAGGCUUUUCUAAGCAGUGGUUGCAGCAGCUGGUGCUGUGCCACUGGCCAGGCUGUGCACUUUGGGGCUGGGAUCCAGGUGACUAUGCCUCUACCUGUGGCCCACAGACCCACCACAGUGACCAGUGGCUGUUGCAGUUCUUGUCAAAGUUCAGCCUAGUGAAGGAUGAAUCAUGUAGAGAGCAUCCCUGCUGAAAUAUCCUUUCCAGAGCCAAAGCCGAGGCGGUUCUGCCUGGCACUAGUGAGAAAAAAUGAGCUUUGUUUAAACACAGAGGGUCAGUGUCUCAGCUGGUCUAAAUCAGCAAAGCUCCAUGAGUCAAACAGAGAUGUUCUGAUUUGCAGGGACUGUGGAGCUGGCCCAUGGUUUGAAAUCAAAUGUGUCCUCCUUAAAUGGCAGCAAACAAAUUUGUGGUGCCUGUGGGACAAAAAAGUCUUGCUCCUUGAGAACAUCCCAUAAAACAUCAUUUCCCCUCUCCCUCAUCUGCCUGCCUGCUCCCACAUGCUGUGACAAAGCUGGGCUGUUUUCCUAGUGGGAUGAGAGCUCAGGGUGGCCAGGGCUAAUUAAACUCCAUAAUAAUACUUUAAAAUAAAGUGAAUCUUAGCGUGGAUGGUGAUCCUGGGCUCCUGGGCCUGUGUCCAAAGGAGGAUGAGGAUACUCCAUCCCUCCAGACACCAGCAGAGUUUUGUGGGCAGAGAAACUCUGGGGACUUUGUGCCAGAGGAGGUCACCAUGUGAUGGCUUGGGACCUGGGGCAGCCAGGCUGGGGGUUGUCAUCCUCCACCCUGUCCAGAAUAGGGGGAUCAUGUCCAUCAUUCCCAGGGCAUGUCUGGGAGCUGACGGUAUUUUAGACACAGCAGGGAGCAUCCCUGUGUGUAUGGAGGGAGAGAGCACAGGGAUGCCCUCAAGGUGCUGUGGGGUGCAGAGCCUGGCCAUAGUUGUGAUGUUGCUCCAAGAGAAGGUUGGAAGAGAAGGAAUGUGGAAGAGCAGGAGUUAUCCUGCAGAAGGCAUUGAGCACCAGUGUCCAGCCUUCUUUUGCUACAGAGGAGGAGGAAGAAAUAGGGGAAAGGGAAGGGAUGGAUCAAGUCUCCUCUGACACCAGGGGUCAUUAUCUUGCUGUGGCUUGUGACUUUUUCUGGGCUGCAUGUGACUGUCUGUUCCAUGCCCAGUACAGGAGUUUUCCUCUCUCCGGUCCUCAGCCAACAGUGCUGGAAAUAGGACUGGUAGGGACCACGUGCAGCAGCACACGCUUUCACACAGCUGCUAAAAGCAGCAUUUUCCUUUCUCAUACUUCCAGAGGGUGAAGGUGCUCUAGGAACCUCCUGGCUUUGGCUUUGGAGCUUCUGCAUCCCAGUGUCUGAGCUGAUGCUGACCCAUCUUGCUCUAAUCUUUCAUCAGUGUGGCCAUCUGGGCACCAGCUUUCCCAGUCCUGACGUAAACCCACCUAAGAGCCAAUACUGCCCUUCUUAUGUCACAUUUGUUUAAUUCCUCAGGGGGCCAUUUAAGGCCUGGAAUAAAGAGGGACUAGGUUUCUCUAACAUAUGGUCAUUCUUGGACAGUGGAAAUACCAUGACAAGAAUAAUUCUUGGAUCCUCUUAGCUCUGGUGUGAGUCUCCCAUGGUGUUAAGAGAAAGGAAGUGCUGAUAACUGUAAAUACAGAUACAGGCAGAAGGGUAGAGAUAGCUGGAUUUAUUUGGGUUUACAUGGAAACCAUGUAAAACCACUUCCUGCAGAAAUACAGCACCCUACAAUAACAAUUAUUAUCAGCAGACAUUUUUCAUCAUUCCUUCAUGGUACAGUGGUGCAAAUGUCCACUGGGCUGAGGUGGAUGGAGGCUGAGCUGUAUGGAGAGACCUGAUGUGGAGGAGCAGAGGGUCUGAGGCAGAGGUAAACCUUGAGCUCAUCUUAUUUCAGAGGUGGCUGCUCCUCUCCGGGCAUCAUCUUCUUGUAUUGCUUGGAACAGUAACGAAGAGUUGGUAAACACCAGCUGUUCUGCUAAGCAGAGGUGGGUGAAGUAUGUAAACUGGGUAAUUUAGAUUAAAAAUAAUUUAUUUUCACAGCAA